UGGAGAAAAACCUCCAGAUGGUUCCUUCCGAUGUUGAAGCUGGAAAUUCACCGUCCUCUGUAUCAAAAAUGACUCCGUAUGUAACAGACAGAAAGAAAUUAAUAGUGUGUUUCUUGGGAAUAUUUAUAUCGUACUUUUAUUAUGGUAUUAUACAAGAAAAAAUAACACGAACAUCGUAUGGCGAAGACAAGGAGAAAUUUGUUUAUGCUCUCUCUCUGGUCUUUGUUCAGUGCAUUGUGAAUGCACUAUUUGCUAAAGCAGUUAUCAGACUGACAUAUAAAAAUGAAGCUAAGGAUACAACUCCAUUCUGCUGGUAUGGGAUCUGUGCUACCACCUAUAUUGGGGCAAUGCUGGCCAGCAACAAGGCUCUACAGUGGGUGAACUAUCCAACCCAGGUUUUAGGAAAGUCAUGUAAACCCAUUCCAGUGAUGAUUCUGGGAGUUCUUUUAGCAAGGAAAAAAUAUCCCCUUUUGAAAUACCUUUGUGUUCUACUUAUUGUUUGUGGAGUAGCUUUGUUCAUGUACAAAGAGAAUAAGAAACAAGUAGCAAGUGACAGUGGAAGCUGGAUUGGAUUUGGAGAACUCCUCUUGGUGAGUAGUGUCAAAAAUUUAGGGCUCAGGGUAGGGUGGGAAGGGAGUCCAGGUGGAAAUGGAGAGUGUGGGAUGG